AUAGACUACCUGUGUACAGAAUGUUUCCAGUUUAGUCGACAGCAUCUAUAACACACACUAACUUCUUUUAACGUCUACAACGUUGAUAUUGCAGAAUGCCAUUCGUUCCAGCUGAGACUCCCAAAUGCCCAGCAUGCGGCAAAUCCGUAUAUGCUGCAGAAGAACGUGUUGCAGGUGGUUAUAAAUUUCACAAAACUUGCUUUAAGUGCAGUAUGUGCAACAAGGCUUUAGAUUCUACAAAUUGUACUGAACAUGAAGCAACACUAUUCUGUAAAAACUGCCAUGGAAGAAAAUAUGGACCAAAGGGUUAUGGUUUUGGCGGUGGUUCUGGAUGCUUGUCAAUGGACUCAGGCGCUCAUUUAAGAAAAGACUAAGCAAUACAGAAUUCGAAAUAAUUGAAAUGUGGUAUAAUAUUUUCCUAAAAGGGAAACAAAAUCUAUACAUAAUACUCAAUAGUUUAACAUUUUUGUUUUCAAAAUAUUACAUCUUUUUAAAGUAAAAAAACAUUUAAAUUGUACA